AUGAUGGCGGCCGGCUGGUUCUUCUCGCGUCGGGAAUCCUUCGUCUCGCAGAUGGUGGCGGCCGGGGCUGGCGAGGGAGAAGAAAAUGAUGGCGGCGCGAUGCUGGCGGAGGAAGACGAUGGGGCUGCUGGUGGGUGGUUUGGGUGGAGAAGACGAUGGGGCGAGUUCAGAGGGGUCGGCGGCCGAUUGCUAUGGGAGGAGUUCAAAGGGGUCGGCUGA